AUGACGGUGAAAGACGAAGACCCUGUUCGCACACUAGUUAAGAACUUGGGCCAACCUUCGUUUAGGCUGCUUGGUUUCCCUCUCGCUUUGCAGCUCCUUGCGUUUCAGGCCAUACCGACUCUUCUCCGGUAUUUACCAACAACAUCCGAUGAUGACAUCCUUCUAAACUUACCUGACGAGAAUUUCCCCGACAAUCCCUCCCUGUCGCAUUUAGAUGUCAUAAACGCUGAGAACCAUCCACAGCUCGUUGUACAGCCCUUCAUUCCUGUGGAUCCGCCGGCUGGGUACAUUGUUUGGGGUGAAUGGGCUGAGCAAGAAGUGCAGGACCGUAAGGUGAAUUAUCUGCAUGACCUCAUAGCAAACAACCAUCGGUUCACUAGAGCUGAAUGGCCGGGUGGGGCAACUGACUACGAGCUUGUGGUCCACAGAUACGUGCCCCCCAGAGUUUCUCACAAAAAACACAUAAGAAACCGCAAGAAGAGCCCGCUGAGUGCCAAGGCAUCUGGAAGUGGUACAAGGAAAUCCGCUCGAGGUAAAGAGAAGGUGGAGGAGUGUGUCAACUCUGUCGCACCAAAAGGUUUGGCGGAGCAGAACAAGUGGCUUGUGGCACAGGUUAAAAUCCUCAAGGAGCAGCAAGCGAAGCUUGAGGAGCGUACAACGAGAUUGGAGCGCACUCGGUUAAUAAAGAACACGGGCCUUUAUAGGAAGUUGUCAACGCAGAGAAAGCUUUCUACACGCAAGAACCUAACGCAAAGGACACCGGAGCCUUCACGCACGGGGUGGGAAGAACAUCCUAGCGAUCAUAUUAUCAGCCUUAAGGAUGGUGAAAGGCCGGUGGAGGAUUGGAAGGACACCUGUUAUGAUGGAAGGACAGAGGUGGGGUCACCUAAUGAGCAGCCGAGUUUGUUUACAGCCGCUGGAGAUGCAAUGCAGCAGUCGCAGUUUUCGUCAUCAUUAAAUCAAGAUGGGGGUUUGAGAGGAGAAGCAUCUACUUCGAGGGGGCAGCUAUUUGGUCAACCGUUUGACGGGGAGAACGACGAACAAGAUAAGGUCGGUGAGGAGAAAAGAGUGGAACGUGGUGAUGGUGAAAUGGCAGUGGACGAAGAACCACAGAGGGAGAAGCUGCUUCCUGGUGAGGAACUCCCCACCGAUGGAAAUACCCGUGUGGAUGGUCCAGAGUAUACGCAGAAGGUUGGUGAGGAUAACGUUACCGAAGACGUGUGUGGACAGGCGAUUGUGGAUGAGAGUGCUCAUUUGGAGGGUAAGCAGCGGCGGGAUGAAGAACUCCCUACAGAGGGCUAUCACCGUGUGGAUGAGACAUCGUGUACGGAAGCGGUGGUCGAGAGCGUUGUCCAGGAUAGUGGACCUAUCCAGCCGUGUACGCAGGGGGAAGGAGAAGGGGAUAUACGUACAGGGGAAGCUGAUGAGGAGUGUGGUUGA